GGUCAGUAAGCGCCAAAUAACCCUGAACAUUUUGGGAAAAUAUUGAAAACACAAAUGGCUCGGCGUGUUAUGACUGACGAUCUGAAAACGGUAGAGUUUGAAACAAGUGAAGAUGUCGAUGUUACACCAACCUUUGAUAGCAUGGGACUUCGCGAGGAAUUAUUGCGGGGAAUUUACGCAUAUGGUUUUGAGAAGCCUUCAGCUAUUCAGCAAAGGUCCAUCAAACCGAUUGUAAAAGGCCGUGAUGUUAUUGCGCAAGCUCAGUCAGGUACCGGCAAGACGGCAACAUUUUCCAUCUCUGUGCUGCAAUGUCUGGACACACAGGUCCGUGAGACACAGGCACUCAUCCUCUCCCCGACCAGAGAACUGGCACAACAGAUCCAGAAGGUCAUUCUGGCUUUGGGUGACUACAUGAAUGUCCAGUGUCACUCAUGUAUUGGAGGCACAAACAUCGGCGAAGAUAUCCGCAAACUGGACUACGGUCAGCAUGUUGUCUCUGGAACUCCCGGCCGUGUGUUUGACAUGAUCAAAAGAAGAAACUUGAGAACCAGAGCCAUAAAGAUGCUGAUUCUGGAUGAGGCCGAUGAAAUGCUUAAUAAAGGAUUCAAGGAGCAGAUCUAUGAUGUGUACCGGUACCUGCCCCCAGCCACGCAGGUGAUCCUGAUCUCUGCCACACUGCCACACGAGAUCCUGGAGAUGACCAGCAAGUUCAUGACAGACCCCAUACGCAUCCUUGUCAAACGUGAUGAGUUGACCCUGGAAGGCAUCAAGCAGUUCUUCGUUGCCGUGGAGAGAGAGGAGUGGAAGUUUGACACGCUGUGUGACCUCUACGACACCCUCACCAUCACCCAGGCUGUCAUCUUCUGCAACACCAAGAGGAAGGUGGACUGGCUGACAGAGAAGAUGCGUGACGCAAACUUCACAGUGUCCUCUAUGCACGGAGAGAUGAAGCAGCCGGAGCGAGAAGCCAUCAUGAAGCAGUUCAGAAGUGGGGCCAGCCGUGUGCUGAUCACGACAGAUGUGUGGGCACGAGGCCUGGAUGUGCAGCAAGUGUCUCUCGUUAUCAACUAUGAUCUCCCCAAUAACAGAGAGUUGUACAUCCACAGGAUUGGUCGUUCUGGAAGAUUCGGCAGGAAAGGUGUGGCCAUCAACUUUGUCAAAAAUGACGACAUUCGUAUCCUGCGAGAUAUUGAGCAGUACUACUCUACUCAGAUUGAUGAAAUGCCUAUGAACGUGGCUGAUCUCAUCUAGAGAUUCUUGGUAGCAGUAGAAGAAUGGUGUGCUGUAAUUAUUUGGAAAUGAAGUGUCAGUGUAAAAAGUGUGAAUAUUCAAAGGAAAAAGGGAAACAAUCGGACACUGAAUGUGAGGUGUUGUGAAGUAGGAAUAACAUGUUGUAUAAUAAAGUUAAACAUUAUUUUAUGAAAUUGCAUAAUGUUCAGAAUGUACACUGACAGUUACAAUGUGAGGGCGUGACAAUUUAUGUUGUAUGGCACCACUUAUAGAGAUGAAUUUGUUAUUACUAUGUCUUGGUAUUAAGUCAGGUUUUGUGGUUCACUUCGAUAUUUUUAAAUUAAAACUUUUUUUUCACAAAAAACGUUUGAGUAUCAAUAAAAACAUACUUUGUAUUUUAUUCAGAGAUCCAUCAAUACUGUUUGCUGUAGUUUGUUCUCUGACAUGUGGAAAUAAUGCCAUGUUUUAAUCAAUGAUGUUCACUAUACAUUUCUAAAUUUAAGCCUUUUGUUUGUUUCAUCAAUUAUUUUUUGUGUAAAAUAAAAAAAAUAUUUCUCAUCAUCUUGUGUUCUAGUUUUAUGUACAUUUUGUAAAUUCAUUCUCUUAUAUUUUGUAAUAUGACAUGGUAUCUGAUGUAAUGUAGUCUCUUAAAAUAAAGACAUGUUGGUCACUUA